AUGGCUAAAGACUCGAUAGACUACUCCACAACAUGUUUCAGCAUAAUUUUGAACGCAGUAGAACAACUUCCCAGCAAGGCCCGACGGGAAGCCAAUGUCGCCGAAGUGCAUGCUCUAUCCACAUAUGGGCUCGGGGUCAUAGCCCUUCACCGCGGCGAAUACGAGAAGUCAAGAGACCUUUUGCGAGAAUCACGGCUUCGAGCCAAAGGCUGUGAGUUCGAUGAUCUCGUCACAAGCUCGGAACUCGAGCUUCAAAAGCUUGACAACAUUCUUGCCGAAAUCGCCAAAGGUGAGAAGAACCCCAAAUACGAGCCUCCAUCCAUGGACGUCCUGUUCCUCAAACCCGACAACAAAGACGAUCCCGUCAAUAUCAAACCUCCACUCGACGAAUCUGCCUGA